AUGGGGAUUUCACUUCUUUAUUCCAUCAAGAAUGCCUGUCAGAUCCUUCUGAAACGCCUUGAACCUGUCAUUAAGAAAAAUCCAGAAGGUACCUGGGAAGACUGGAUACAAGCUGCUUUUGAACAAAGAAUCAGUCUUUCAGCCACUGGAUACUUCAGGGGCUACAAGGCUUUCAUGGACUGGAAGAAGGGAGAGGGAGACCCAUUUCCAUACUAUGUUUAUGGAGCUGCCUGUUCUGAGGUUGAAAUUGACUGUCUGACAGGAGCUCACAGGAAAAUCAGAACGGACAUUGUCAUGGACGCUGGUUAUAGCCUAAAUCCAGCCAUUGAUAUUGGGCAGAUUGAAGGUGCAUUUAUUCAGGGGAUGGGCCUUUAUACCACUGAAGAGCUGAACUAUUCCCCGGAAGGUGUCCUGUAUACUCGAGGCCCGGAUGAGUACAAAAUCCCCACCAUCACUGACGUCCCAGAGGAGUUCAACAUCUCCUUGUUGCCGUCAUCAACAACCCCACUCACCAUCUAUUCAUCCAAGGGCCUGGGGGAGUCCGGGAUGUUCCUGGGGUCAUCUGUGUUCUUUGCCAUCGUUGAUGCUGUGGCCAUGGCACGCAGAGAAAGAGAUGUGGCUGGGGACUUCAUAGUGAAGAGCCCUGCCACGCCAGAGUGGGUUAGAAUGGCCUGUGCAGAUCGGUUCACAGAGAUGAUCCCAAGAGAUGACCCUAAGACAUUUAAACCUUGGUCUAUCCCUAUAGCUUAACAUGCUCUCAUUCCCUAACAGGUUUUAACAAGUGAAAAGAUGGCUUUUUAAUCCUAACUGCACCCCAAACUGAUACUCCUAUACUGUUGUGAACAAAAUGACAAAAUUUAGAAACAUUAUUCAAAUCUGAUUACAUCAAGAAGAGGAAUGAAUGAAUCAUUAUUUACUUAGACUAUCCAGCCUAGAGGCCACCAAACACUGCAGUAGCCACAUUAAGGAAUGUCAGUGCUGAUUUGUUUCUGAAAAUAUGAUGUAAAUAUUGCUGUUAAAACAAAUUUUUCCUUUCUGUGACCAUCCAACUUAACAGAAUUUGUAAUAUGGGUUAUAGUCGGAAUGAAGGACACAUCUCAGUAGACAAAUAUGAUUACUUUCCCCAGUGAUUUGUUUGAUUCA